AUGUCUGAUUCAUCAUCUACCUCAUCCGAAACCAUAUAUGAUGAGUUCAACAGUCCCAUUAAUGACAACACCCCAGCAACGAAGAAACACGUGUACGAACUGUUGUCUAAUGUUGAUCUAUCAAUCAACAAAAUAAAUCAACUCACCUCGCGUGAAAGAAACGGUGGCCUAUAUCUACUAUCGCUUUACCUAGGAAAAGAUAUCCCAAAAGAUAUCAAGGGCAAAAUCAUUAAACUAAUCGUUGAAAGUGACUGUUGCACCAUUCCAAACAUAGGUCAAAACAAGGAUAGUAUCAAAAUUGAUAUACCAUUAGACAAAAUACCAAAGCUAAUUGACCUAAGGUACCAAUACAAACUCAACUUCAAAUUAUCUUGUCACGAUCAUCACAUCAUGACAAUCUCGUUAAAAACAAACGAUGAAAACCUCAUCAAACAAACGGAGCACGGAAUACUUAAUCCAAGUGAGGGUGGCAUGAAACCAACCCUCCAUCAUAUUAAACACUUUGGACAGUACACAAACUUCUUUAUAAUGUACCCUGACAACUAUGACCCUAUAACUAAAAUGGUAAUUGGUGAAGACAUGAGUUCAUCCAGAAUAUCUUAUAGAAAUGUUAUAGUCACUGUUAGAAGUAGCAGUAGAAUACUACACAGAGAGAAAUCUCAAAAACACCCAAAAGAACCCACCACCAUCAAUAAACCAAAAGAUGCCACUGAUGCCGUACCAAAUGAUACAGUCCAAAAAACAACAUCAAAUACACAAAAACCCGCCCCAAUUGCAAAUCCAAUCGAUGACCAGAAAAACCAUAUUCCAUCCGGUGACUCCAAUUCCUCUCAUCGAUUCAAUAGAUUCACCAAAAACACCAACUCUUUCCUCAAUCCAAAACAAAAACAAAACACCAUCGACCCAAACUUCGCCAAAUCAGUUGAAAAUAAUAAUCCCCAAAUAUCAGUCGGGUCAACUCCAACUGAGGCCAAUAAAGAGUCACAACAAAAACCAACAAAAAAAACCACUACUACCAUCGCAGUCCCAAAUCCACCACCAACUCGUUUUAGAAGCAGUACUUUCACUGCUCCCAAAACAAAGUAA